AUGUGUUUCCUCUUCUCGGUAUCGUACGUGUUCGGCGUGUUCUUCACGUCGAUCCUCGCCAGCAAAUUGCUACAUCUCUAUACGCAUUUCUUCACCGUCCCCGUCUCCAGUUUCUUCCUCUACCUGCCAACGUUCUUCCUCUUCGACAUCUUGACGAUAUGCAUCGGACGUCUGCUUCUAAACCAGGCUAGGACACCGUGGGCAUGGAUUACUUGCUUCUUCGGCACAAUAGCUACACUCCUCUCCCAUGGCGGUUCAUCUUCACAGCUUGGAUUCUUCGUCAAGACCGGAGGCGAGCUCGAUUGGCACGAUGCGACUGCCUAUGCCACCAGCAAGGAGGGUCUUAAGGUGCUUUUCAGUGGCAGUGAGGCCGUCAUCGCUUGCGGAAUCGGUCUGCUCAUUAUCGCUAUGCCUAUCCAUGGCUUCGUUUACCGUGCUUUCGGUGCCUUCUUGGGCGCUAUUGGCGACAACAUUCUUUCAGUGUACGCUUAUUUCCGAAGCCUUCGCAUGCGAAUCCCUGGUAUGCAGCGCGGCAAGUACUCUGCCCUCAAGAAUGCCGACAACGAUCUCGAAUCGACGACCGAUACAUACUCGAUGGACGAGGAUUACCGAUCCAACGAUAACUUCCGCAAGGGCGAGUCGAACACUGCUAAGGGAAAGGUUGCGCGCUUCUUUAACCGCAUUCCUUUCUUCUCGUGGUUGUGGAAGAUUGCUCUCGUGCUUUUCCUUGGCAUCACACUUGUUCUCCGACCUGCCAAACCCUACGAUCUUCUGUCGAUGACUCUGCCUGUGUCUAUGCUCGACGUUUUCGCAUCCGAACCCGACUUCUGCGCUGGUCAACGUGCGCUUAUCCACAAUGACUUCCCCCUUCCCGAGCUCAUCAACAAGAAGAGUUGGAAGCAACCCGAGGGCGAUUACUAUAAGGGUUGGGCACCUCUUCCUGGCAAGACCAUGAGCCCUCUCGGCGAGAAGUACCGAAAGUAUACUCCCAACUGGCUGCCCGAGGAGAAUGUGAGCUUGCCUCGUGGCUUCUUCCGAUUCGACCCCAAGCGCUUUAAGAACGGCUACCACGGUUCGCUCGGUGAUCCCAAGGGUCUCAUUACCGAUAACAAGUGCCCCAAGGCCACUCUUGCCGAGAGCGAUCCCUAUUACAACCCCGUCGCCGAUCCUCUCAAGAUUACCAACCUCGAUACCGAUAUUCUCCCUACUCUGAAGGAGGCGCUUGGCAAUGGUAACGUUAAGAUCAAGCACGUCGUCUUCAUCCUCAUGGAGUCUCUGCGACAGGACUUCUGGCCUCUUCAGCAGGGUUCUCACACCCACAGCUUGAUCAUGGACCUCAACAAGAGCGACCAGGAGAAGGAGGAGGCCAACGAGCGAUUGUCAUGGAUGAUGCCUCACAUCGAGAAGAUCACUGGUGUCAAGCAAGGUUUCACCGACAAGAAUGGCAAGCCUUACGCUGCCCCCAACUACACCUGGCACGACCAGGCCGAGGAGGGCUUUGGUGGUAUCAACGUCGCCACCGCCUACACUGCUGCCACCAUGUCCACCAAGAGUUACUGCGCCAACCACUGCGGUGCCUACCCCAUGCCCGUCGAGAAGUUCGCCGAAGCCGAUACCGACAGCUACCAGCCCUGUAUUCCUCAGGUCCUGAGCAUGCUCAACAAGGUCAAGAAGAACGUCUCUUCCGAUUCCGACGACUUCCGCGAUUUGCAGUGGAAGACUGCUCUCUUCGAGGCUGAGAUUGAGGAGUAUGAUCGCCAGGAGAAGUUUGACCGCAAGCUUGGCUUUGAGCACAUCAUCACCAAGAAGCAGCUCGAGAACGACUGGCGAUACAACAAGUCCGACGUCCUCUACCAGAAGAUCAACUACUUCGCUUACCCCGAGCCUAUCCUUAUGCCCUACCUCAAGGAGUUCAUUGGCAACACCACCAAGAACAACCAGCGCAUGUGGUUGAGUCAUUUCACCAGUACCACCCAUCACGCUUGGGGUCUGCCCAAGGGCUAUCCCACAUACGAUUACCUGUCGCACACUGGUAUGAACAAGAUGCACGACAACUUCAACAAGUACAUGAACACUGUCCGCUACCACGACGGCUGGAUGGCUAGCUUGAUGAACCUCCUCGAUGAGCAAGGUAUCGCCAACGAGACCCUUGUUGUCUUCGCUGGUGACCACGGUCACUCCUUCAAGGACGACGCCGGCAAGGAGGGUACCUACGAGAACCAGUUCAUCUCCAACUACCGAGUUGGUCUCACCUUCCGACACCCUCACCUCCCCCGAGUUCAGUACGACGCCAAUACUACCACCAUCUCUAUCCUCCCCACCAUCCUCGACCUCCUCAUCAACAGUGGCUCCCUCAACGAGAAGGACACUCACCUCGCCUCCGAUCUUGUCCAAGAUUACGAGGGUCAAUCCCUCAUUCGACCCUACAAGAAGAGCGACGGCGACCGCCGCGCCUGGGCAUUCUCUGUCGUCAACUCUGGCGCUGGUAUGCUUGGUGUCACAUCUGCUGAUGUCAACUGGCGUCUCGUCAUCCCUCUCAGCAAGGUCAUCGAAUACAGGGUCACCGACGCCGUCAACGACCCCAUGGAAUUGAAGCCCGUGACGGCAUGGACACCAGAAGAGCUAGUCACAGCAGCUGGCUCCGCCCUCAGCGACGAAGCAUCGAAGUGGGUUGAGGAAGCCAUACCAAUAGCGCAGUGGUGGGUUAAGGAACGCCAACGGCUCUGGCGGUACAAGUCUCUGUCAUCAUAG